AUGUCUCCCGAGCUAAAGGAAUGGAGCGCCCUGGUCAUCAUCGUGUCGACGACAGGAAACGGAGAUGCUCCCGAAAACACCGAGCGAUUCUGGAGGUUUUUGAAGCGAAGGACUCAACCGAAGGAUCUUCUGCAAGGGCUACCGUUCGCUCUCCUGGGCCUCGGGGACACCAACUACGAUAAGUUUUGCUACAUGGGUAAGAGCCUCGACAAGAGGUUCAGGGAGCUCGGAGCGACGCCGGUUCACCCCCCCGCCUUCGCCGACGAGGCCACCAACAUGGAGGAGACGAUCGAGCCCUGGCUGGCUUUGCUCUAUCCGGCUCUGACGGCAAGCAUUGUAGGGGCGGCGGGAGGCGUUAACGCUGCCGGGGGAGCCGGGGCGGAAGGUGCCGCCGCCGCGGCCGCUGCUGUUCCCACGAAGGCGGCAGUUGGAUCGCCGGCUCCUGCGGCGGCAGCGGCUGCGGCGGGGUCGGAAGAUGCCGUGAAGGAAGCCAUAAAGGGAGCGGCGGCGGAGGCGUUUCAGUUGCCGCCCGAUACCGCCGCGGCCACCGCCGCCGCAGGUACCACGGCGAAAAACGUUGCCGGCACGAACGGCGGCGGCAGUGGCAACGCUGCCGGUGCCGAUUCCACCGCCAAAAACGUUUCCGGUCCGAAUGGCGCCCCGGCAGUCUCUACCGCGGCGGCCGCCGUUACCGUCGCAGCGGCGUCACCUCCGCCGGCCUCAGUCGAAGCAGCGGCAGCAGGGCUGGCCGAUCUUACCCUCUCCGACGAUGUAAUCAACAUGGAGCUGUCGCUGCGAGGGUCGGGCAUCACGUACGUGCCCGGGGACGUGAUCGGAUUUCGUUGUCCGAACCGCGCCGCCGAUACCGCCUACCUCUUGGAACGCCUACAGGACACUCUGCCGGAGGGAGCCGGGCCGGACGUGCCAUUCCAGCACUCGCUGCGCUCCCUGCCCAGCCCGUGCACGCUCCGGGAUGCGCUGUCGACGCGUCUCGAUCUGCAGGCCCCCCUACGCCGCCCGGUGCUCCGCGCGCUAGCUGAAUUCUGCGGGGACCCCGCCGAGAGGUCGUGGAUGGAGCUCCUCUGCUCCAAGACUGCCGGCGCCGGAGUGUACGCCAGCUACGUCGCGGCGCAGUCGCUUACCCUCUGCGAGCUCCUGGAGGCGUUUCCCUCCUGCAAGCCUCGCCCGGGAGCUCUGCUGGCGCUCCUCCCGCCGCUGCCGCCGCGCUACUACUCGGUCGCCUCCUCCCAGCUGGCCACCCCGGACAGCUUGACGGUCGCGUUUAGCGUCGCGUCCUCGCGGCUGCCUCAUGCUCCCGCUACCGCUACUGGCGACGCCGGUGCCGCUGCUGCUGCCGCCUCGCCGGCUGGAGGAGGAGGGGGGGCAGCAGAUGGUGCCGGGGGCGGGGACGGUGGGGGUGUCGUCACUAGACGAGGGCUGUGCACGAAUUGGCUCGAGGGAAUACUCGCGCCCUUCCUGGAGGGGAGCGGGAGUGGUGAGGGGGGGAAGUCUGUCAGCGUCCCUGUGUUCCUCAAGCCUACGAAGGAGUUCCUGCUGCCAGCCAGCGCGAAGUGGCCUUGCGUGCUCAUCGGCCCCGGCACUGGAGUGUCUCCGUUCAUCGGAUUCCUGAAGCACCGGGAGGAACAGCACGCGCGGCGAAGGGAGGAGGCGGACGCUGUGUGCUCGGGCUACUGGAGAGGGGGCUACGAGAUCUCUCUGGAGGGGGAGGAUGACGAGACCGCGGCGUACCGUGGACGUGAAGGGCGCGGGGACAUGUUGCUGUUCUUCGGCUGCCGUAACGGGUCCCAGGACUGGAUCUUCCGGCGAGAGAUGGAGGGCUUUCUCGAGAGGGGCACCCUGUCUAAGCUACACACGGCCUUCUCCAGGGAUGCCUCGGAGAAGGUGUACGUGCAGAAAGAGGGAUUUUUGUGAGGGAGGAGAAGGAACGUUUCCAGGAUUUUUGUUAUUUUCCUGGGAUCUCAACGUGCGGAGAGGCGGCUUUUGGCUGCUUGGGGUGAGGGAGAGAUGCUCUGGUUGCUCGGGAAGGGCAUUCGGGUCGGGUGUUGCGUUAAAUAUCAAGCCGGGGGGAAGGCGUGUGAGGUUGUUCUGUCGAGUUUGUGUACACCUACGUACGUGGCGCUGUGGCGAGUGUGCGACUUCGAAGCGCAGGUGCAAGCGCACGCGUAAACAUAAUGACGCUUUCCUUUUUCUGCUGUUUGUUGGCGACGACCGAAGAAGCCCAGCCUGCUUGCUUUUGUGCUUUUUUGCGGUGAUGAUCGAUCGAAAUAGAAUAAUACCUCGUCGUCGCCGUAGGUUUGACGACGACGGUGUUCCGGGUGCGUGGUCUUCUCUGUCACUACCCUCGAAGUCAGAAAUGGCGCCGAUGCGGAUACCGUAUAUGCAUACGAUGAUACCUAACGUCUUGGCUUUUAGUAUUUGGUCGCCGGGUGUGUUGUUGGGUGGAGGCGUGUAGUAUCUUGUGCCGUCCUACUACGCGAUCUUGGAGUGUUUUUUUUUUUUCGGUCUCAUGUUGACCGGUACAGUUAUCACCACCGGGUUUGGUGCUGUGUGUUAUUUGGGGGGGGGGUGUUAUCUUGUGGCGCAUGCGGUACUCCCUGUUCGUCUCGCCAGCCUGACCCCCUCGACAAGGCUCCCGUUCAAGCUGCUUACUGCUGUUGUAGAACUCUUCUUUGAACCUUCUUCGAGAUGCUUCUAUUGUGUUUCUUCGAGUGGCAAGAAGCUGCCCGUGUUGCAGUUCGAUCGGUGAUGCGCAGAUAAAAAGGGAAAGCCUCCUACUAAAAUUGGUGAUGCCGGACUUUUUUUCUCUGGGGUGCUCUAGAAAGCCGUGCCUACGUUUAACGGUUUGCCGCAGUUUCGCUUGGGGCGUUGGGAAUGGUUGUGGCGCUUGAGAGGAGUUGCUGUUACUCUCCGCCAGAAAAGAAUAGCCCACUAGAACCCCUACGCAGCAUGAGUUACCGGUCACGACGGAAGACAUCCCGUCCCUUAGACCCGUACAAGGUACUCAACAGAGCUCGGAACGGUUCUCUGAGAAGAUGGCACGGGUAGAGGCGGCAGCAGCAUCAGCGGCAGCAAUAGCAGCAGUACCAACCGCGGAACUAGAAGCUUAACCGACAAAAGGGCAAAUCGUGCUAUUUGUGGUAGCAGAUUAGAGGGAGGAGGCGGUUUAGCUCGAGAAGAGGGGUACCGUAAAGAUGCGGUGGACGUGUUGGGGUAGGCGUCGUGCACAUUGUGCCUUUUCUAUGGCAUAGCAUUGACGGCUUCGAGGGUGGGGCAGAUGUACCUUUUCCAUGGCAUAGCGUUGACGGCUUGGAGGCUGGGGUAGAUGUACCUACCUGUUGUUUGGCAUGGUAUUGACGGAUUGGGGACUGAGGCAGGUGUGUGGGUAUUGCGAUUGUGGGUAGCGGGUGAAGAGAACUGCUGUAGCACGCUUCUAUGGGCUGGCCAUGCCAUGGUGGUAUGUGUUAAGGGCUUUGCUUGAGGUUACUCUUAGCCGCCGCGUGUCUGAUUGAGGUAUGCCGGGAGUAGAGACAAGAGUGUGUGUUUUGUGCUUCGUGUGCGAUUGGCCGCAGCAGUGGGCCCGAAAAAGUGCACACAUUUUUGCGAAUUAAUUGGAACCGGACUUGUGGUGCAAUACUCGCGUGGGAGGUACACCGCGCAGCCGGGAGUAGAGCGAUAAUAUGGGGUGGAACCGUUAUUGUCCGGGAUGGGAGAGAGAGUGACGGGGAGAGGGUGGAGAAGAUUGUAGGAUAGAGAUCGUCGGUGGGUCCAAAGAGCAACAGCGCGGCUACCUACUGCAGGCACCGGGACCAGCACUAGAACCAAUCGCUCCGACACAAAGCUCCCCCUCCCUGCUGUGUCUCACGACGAUUUUUCUAGGUGGAGGAGGAAGGGCGACGCCGAAUGAAUGGCGAUUGGUUCUUUGCGGGGUCACACGUGACGGCGGCGGCGACGGCGGCGGUGUAGUAGUGCUGCAUGUUCUUCGAUCCAGCGGCUAGGAAGGGCCGGUGGCGACGGAGCGAUUCGGUCGCGAAGCAUCAUCGCCCCUACUGGG